AUGACCAUAGGCAUCAAGUCAAGGACACUAAUUGACUUCCAUUUGGCUACCAUUCAUCCCAGAUUGAACUCAAGGUCUUAUGUUCCCGCAGUCCUCUCGCAGGCACCACCCACUAUCAACAACACCGGCUUGGUUGGUUAUACUGCUAACCACAUUUGUCAUGCACAUCACCGCAGAAAGAUAAUAGCUGCAACCACUGAGCGUCAACACCAUGUUACUCUGCGUGUUGCUAUUCAUCGGUUGAAAGAGGAGGGGAAGUCUGGCACAGUUUUAGUCGGGAACCUUGCACGUGAUCUUACACUUCCAGUGGCAUUGACGUGCUCAGAAGUUCAACGCACUGCCAUUGAAAACCUAUGGAUGGAGUGGAUUGACUGGACCAGUAACUACAACCUCGCCUUAGAGUUGCUGGAGAUGUAUAGGUUGCCCAAGUUUUUACUCUAUAGUCCUUGCCAACCUCAACUAAAUUCGAACCAUCUCAUACUACACGAGGUAUUCUAUCAAGCUGGUGACAAGGACCCAAUUCCUAAAUUUGCUUCAAAUUGUCAAGUUACUAUUUUGCUUGUCAUUACGUACAUGCAGUACAAAAACAUCUUGAUCUGGAAGGAGAGAUUGAAGAACACAGGUGAUGAUGAUGCAACAAUGUCAGAUGGGGAUGGGUCAGACAUUAGUGUCGCAGAAAAGGUCUUUUGUGCCGCGACUCAACCCAAGAAGGGAAUUCGGAAAUCUUGUACGCCAGAACAGCUUAUUGUCAGUACCUCGUCAUCUUUGAAACAUACAAAGACAAUCACUUCGUCAAACGCAGGCCACUCAACAAUAUCUUCUCGUCACCAGUUGCCUAACCUAGUAAACAAAGUACCUGAGGGUGUAGCAGAGCCUGGGGCUAACAAUUUUGACCUUGAAGAUAACAAGAUGGAGGAAGAUGAGUUGGACAAAGACAAGAAAGAUGAGGAAUUCCAGGCACGUGACAAGGAGGAACUUGAGCCAGUUAUGGGUGCACAGUCCAAAGAAGUGACCUUUAAAGACGAGCUGGCCAAGAUGCUCAUCGAGGCUAAUUGCAUGUACUGGGGUACCAAUCUCAUGAAAAUAGUCUACCAGUUUAUUGCCAGCUGUCCUGUGCGCAAUAAGGAUCCAUCUGAACUCCCUCCUCCUGAAAUCCAUCAUAGAAAAUAUGCUGCUUGUUUUGGGGAGGGUAACUGGACUGAUACAUUAUAUAACUUUCCUCAACCUCACUGCUGUAAUGUGUUCUGUGCCUACUUUGCUCUCGAUCCCGUGCUCACUACGCAAGACCGGUCCAAUUCCUCCCAGUCUAGCUCACUGAAAAUUUUUGUACCUCCCCAGGGGCAGACUGAUGUCGAUGAUAUUGCGAGCACUCGUAGGUAG